AUGUAUUUCUCAACGAUCCUGCUCGCCGUGACAGCCGCCGUCUCCCCCACUUUAGCCCAAACACAACAACCAAUUAUCGUCCCGCAAGAAACAAUCUCACAGCCACUCCUAGGUUUCGGAACAUGGAACCUCAAGGUCUCACCAGAGAACACUUCAGCUGUUGUCUCGCUCGCAAUUCAGACUGGAUACCGACAGAUUGAUUGCGCAGCAAUUUAUGGCAAUGAAAAAGCGGUUGGAAAAGGUAUUGCUGACGGGUUGGAGAAAGCGAAGUUGAACAGGAACGAGAUUUGGGUUACGAGUAAGCUUUGGAAUGACCAUCACGGGGAUUAUGAGACGGUUGAAGAAGCGUUAAAUCAGACAUUGAAGGAUCUUGGACUUGAAUAUGUUGACCUGUAUCUCAUGCACUGGCCAGUCACGACCUCGUCCAAGGAACCCAAGUUGGAUUAUGUCAAGACCUGGAAAUCUAUGGCCAAUCUUCCAAAAGCCAAGGUCUUGAAUGUCGGAGUCUCAAACUUCUCCCCAGAACAACUUCGCCACCUGGUCACAGAGACUGGCAUUAAGCCAGCAGUACAUCAGAUGGAGAUGCACCCCUAUCUCCAACAGACAUCCUGGCUCGCAACUCAUCAAGCACUAGGAAUAUCCGUAACCGCUUACUCACCUCUCGGGAAUUCCAACCCCACUUAUGACCCUUCCUCCACAUGUUCCAAGACAUCACUGCUCUCGUUCCUCUCCUCCCUCUUUACGGGAGACAAGCAAACACCCCCGCCACUCCUCAAAAAUCCAACAAUUCAAGCUAUCGCGGAUCGCCGAAAGUGUACCACUGCUCAAGUAGCGCUCUCGUGGGGUAUGGGACGUGGAACAAGCGUCAUUCCAAAGAGCAAACACGAGAAAUGGAUCGUGGAGAAUUAUGAGAGUUUGAAGUGUGAGUUGGGAGUGGUGGAUUUGGUGGAGUUAAAGAAGGUUGGUGUGGAUUGGACGACUAGGUACAACAACCCAAGUAAGGGCUGGGGAGUCAAGUUGUUUGAGGGUUUGGAAGAUGCUUGA